AUGUCUUUCGAUUGCUUUUCUGUUGAGGUCGCUGAAUUGGUCGUUGAUCAGCUUAGCGAUGAUGUCCCCUCUCUUCGCAACGUCGCUCUGGUGUGUCACGAGCUCCUUCCUCGCGCUCGGAUCCAUCUCUUCGUCCACAUCGGCGUCCGCAACAGGGACCAGAUGCACACCCUCCGCGAAUUCCUUGAUAACGCGCCGUACAUCUGUCCCUUGGUCCGAUGCGUCACCAUCUCGACCACGGAUGAUGAGCCGCACUCCUUUACGAUUCUCGAGACAAUUCCCGUCCCCCUGCUCACUCGACUUCCCAACCUACGCCGUUGGAAGGUGACGAAUCAGGCCCUCGAUUUCAAUGGUCAGCACUGGCUAUCGCUGAGCCAAUCCACCCUAGCCAGCCUCCGCAAGUACACAGCAAUGAUCGGACACCUAUCUAUCAACACCUUGUCUUUCUCGGGAUGCGCCGACCUUGUACGAGCCUUCGCUGAUCAAGUUCAGAUCCGCCGCGACGUCUCGGAGGCUGCCGUCGUCUCACUCCUGGAGAUCAGCAAGUCCUCCCUGCAAGAGCUUGCUAUCCACGUCACUCGAGAACAAGCCGGCAGUGUUCUCGGCGGACAGCUAUCUAAUUUGAACACGCUCACACUAUGUAUGCCCGUUGAGGGCCGCCGGGUGGCUUUCCUACAGGCCAUUUCGCGUAUCGCCUCUUUCUUCAAGCUCCUGUCUGGCGUAGGGACCGUGCGGUUACAAGAGCUACGUGUCCAUUGCUAUGGCUCCUCGUUCUCGGCCCUUGCUGCUAUUUUGGCGCAGGAAGGCACUCUCGAAGCCUGCAAGCAGCUGGAGCAGGUGCUGCUCGCAUUCCCGCGAUACGCACUGAAGUUCUCGCUUGCUGAGAGCGGCAGGCGAUCGAGGUCCUUCCAGGAGGAUCCGAAGAACUCGGAGCUCAAGGAACACUUCCCGACGUUGUGGUCCCAGGGAAAGGUCACGGUCGAGUUGCCCGUGCGUAAGUAG